AUGUCCAAUCCCCAAAUCCCAAUUCCAGUGAUCAAUUGGUUUAAAUCAAGUUAUCCUACUUUGAACUUUGAACAAGAAUGGUUAAACCAAUGUUACGAUUAUCUAAAAAACCAUUUCGAAUUAACUAAUUCUCAAUUAAUCAAAAAAAUCGAAACUCAAUUAUUACUUUCAGAUUUAUCUUCUUCAACUUCUUCAAUUAAUUCUCCUUUACCAUUAACGAUUAGUUUAACCAACUCAUUACCUAAUCUUCCUAAACAGAUUUGUUUAUCUGAUCGUGGUAUUUUAGUUCAAAUUCAAUCGAUCACUGAAAUUGCUCAUUCGGCUUUAUCUCUUGAAAGCACUUAUCUCAAAAGAAAGAAUCAUGCUCAAGGUCGUGAUCGGGUUUUAGAUCUUGAUGAUGAUGAUACAUUGGAUAGGAAAGAACCGAUUAGGUUUCCUAGAGCGAUGUUAAAAUUCGAACUUUCGGAUGGUCAUACAUCAGUCAAUGCUAUUGAAUACCGUAGGAUUGAUGGACUGGAGUUAGGUGAGACGCCUCUUGGUUGUAAACUUUUGAUCAAGAAAGUCAAAGUUCGUAGGGGUAUCUUACUCUUGACACCCGAAAAUACGGUGGUCAAAGGCUUACAGGUUGAGGAAUUAGAUGCUCAACGCGAUCAAAUCUUUCAGACAAGUCUUGAUAUCCGUUUAGGACGACCAUCUGAUGCGGCGGAUCAGCCACAGGCGGAAGACCCGGCAGCGAAUGCUCAACCAGAUCAGCCUCCCACAAACACCAAUAGAAGCCGUGUGACGAACUCUACAAAUAGCAAUUCCAGAGCACCUCAAGCUUCCACCUCUUCUAAUCGAUCGCAAGGUCUAUCACAAAAUCGCUCAACAAAUAACUCAUCAAACAUCAGCGCAACACCUGCCACAUCAGCGCCUACCACUUCGAGUACAAGAUCUCGACCUGUGACUAUCGUGAUUAGUGAUUCCGAUGAAUAUGAUGACGACCCUGAAUUUGACGCCGCAUUGCUUGAUCAAUUGCCAUGA